GUGCGGAGCUCGCGGCCGUUCCCGCGGCCUCCUCCUCCUCCCGGCUCCCUGCACCCCCGCCCCACACCCCCUGCCCCAUCCCGGCUCGUCACCCUCCCGCCCCCCACACUCAGGACGAGAAUGCCCUGCCCGGAACAACCCAGCAGCACCUAGAUGGCUUUGGUCACGGUCCAGCGGUCGCCUACCCCCAGCACCACCUCCAGCCCCUGCGCCUCGGAGGCAGACAGUGGGGAGGAGGAAUGCCGGUCACAGCCCAGGAGCAUCAGUGAGAGCUUUCUAACUGUCAAAGGUGCUGCUCUUUUUCUACCACGGGGAAAUGGCUCAUCCACUCCAAGAAUCAGCCAUAGACGCAACAAGCAUGCAGGUGAUCUCCAACAGCAUCUCCAAGCAAUGUUCAUAUUACUCCGCCCAGAAGACAACAUCAGAUUGGCUGUCAGACUAGAAAGUACUUACCAGAAUCGAACACGCUAUAUGGUAGUGGUUUCAACUAAUGGUAGACAAGACACUGAAGAAAGCAUUGUCUUAGGAAUGGAUUUCUCCUGUAAUGACAGUAGCACUUGUACCAUGGGCUUAGUCUUGCCUCUCUGGAGUGACACCCUCAUUCAUUUGGAUGGUGAUGGAGGAUUCAGCGUUUCAACAGAUAACAGAGUCCACAUAUUCAAACCCGUAUCUGUGCAGGCAAUGUGGUCUGCGCUGCAGAGUCUACACAAAGCUUGUGAAGUGGCCAGAAUGCAUAACUACUACCCAGGUAGCCUGUUUCUCACCUGGGUGAGUUACUACGAGAGCCAUAUAAACUCAGAUCAGUCUUCAGUCAAUGAAUGGAAUGCUAUGCAAGAUGUGCAGUCCCACCGGCCCGACUCUCCAGCUCUCUUCACUGACAUCCCAACUGAACGUGAGCGAACUGAAAGGCUAAUUAAAACCAAAUUAAGAGAGAUUAUGAUGCAGAAGGAUUUGGAGAAUAUCACAUCCAAAGAGAUACGAACUGAGUUGGAAAUGCAAAUGGUAUGCAACUUGCGAGAAUUCAAGGAAUUUAUAGACAAUGAAAUGAUAGUGAUCCUUGGUCAAAUGGAUAGCCCUACACAGAUAUUUGAUCACGUAUUCUUGGGCUCAGAGUGGAAUGCCUCUAACUUAGAGGACUUACAGAACCGAGGGGUGCGGUAUAUCUUGAACGUCACUCGAGAGAUAGAUAACUUCUUCCCAGGAGUCUUUGAGUAUCAUAACAUCCGGGUAUAUGAUGAAGAGGCAACAGAUCUCCUGGCUUACUGGAAUGACACUUACAAAUUCAUCUCUAAAGCAAAGAAACAUGGAUCUAAAUGCCUUGUGCACUGCAAAAUGGGGGUGAGUCGCUCAGCCUCUACUGUGAUUGCCUAUGCAAUGAAGGAAUAUGGCUGGAAUCUGGACCGUGCCUAUGACUACGUGAAAGAGAGACGCACAGUGACCAAGCCCAACCCUAGCUUCAUGAGACAACUGGAAGAGUACCAGGGGAUCUUGCUGGCAAGCAAACAGCGGCAUAACAAACUCUGGAGAUCUCAUUCAGAUAGUGACCUCUCGGAUCACCACGAACCCAUCUGCAAACCAGGACUAGAACUCAACAAGAAGGAGAUCACCACCUCAGCAGACCAGAUUACUGAGGUGAAGACCAUAGAGAGUCACCCACCCAUACCUCCUGUCUUUGUGGAACAUGUUGUCCCACAAGAUGAACAUCAGAAAGGCCUGCAUACCAAAGAAAGAAUGAUCUGCUUGGAGUUUACUUCGAGGGAAUUUCGUGCUGGACAGAUCGAAGAUGAAUUGAACCUAAAUGACAUCAAUGGGUGCUCAUCAGGAUGUUGUCUUAAUGAAUCAAAAUUCCCUCUUGAUAACUGCCAUGCCUCCAAAGCCUUAAUCCAACCUGGACAUGACCCAGAAAUGGCAAACAAGUUCCCAGACUUAACAGUGGAAGAUUUGGAGACAGAUGCUCUGAAAGCAGACAUGAGCGUCCAUUUACUGCCUAUGGAAGAAUUGACAACUCGCCUAAAAGACCUCCCCAUGUCUCCUGAUCCUGAGUCACCAAGUCCCCAACCCAGUUGCCAGACUGAAGUCUCAGAUUUCAGUACAGAUCGUAUUGAUUUUUUUAGUGCCCUAGAGAAGUUUGUAGAACUUUCCCAAGAAACCCGGGCCCGAACUUUUUCCCACUCAAGGAUGGAGGAACUAGGUGGAGGAAGAAGUGAGAGCUGUAGACUCUCCGUGGUAGAAGUAGCCCCUUCUGAAGUAACAGCUGAUGACCAGAGAAGCAGCUCUUUGAGUAAUACUCCCCAUGCAUCUGAAGAAUCUUCAAUAGAUGAAGAACAGUCAAAGGCAAUCUCAGAACUGGUCAGCCCUGACAUCUUCAUGCAGUCUCACUCAGAAAAUGCAAUUUCAGUCAAAGAAAUUGUCACUGAGAUUGAAUCCAUCAGUCAAGGAGUUGGACAGAUUCAACUGAAAGGAGAUAUCCUGUCCAAUCCAUGCCACACACCAAAGAAGAAUGCCAUGCAUGAGGUGCCCCUUGAGAGGCCCCAGACCCUGGAGAACAAAUCUGGAAAUCUGGAGCAGAAUGAGGGUUCCUACACAGUCCAGCCUGAACCAGCCAAUGAUUCAGGGAAGUGGGACCCAGAAAGCUGCCUAACCAUAUACUCAUCUACCGCAGACUUGGAAGAAGAGGAGCCAGCUGAGGGAGAACAAGAGCCCUGGGGCCCAGGGAUACCCCCAAGUGCCAAGUGGUGCCCUGGGUCUGUAAGGCGAGCCACCUUGGAGUUUGAGGAGCGCUUGCGGCAGGAACAAGAGCACCAUGGUGCUGCCUCUGCUUGUACCUUGUUGUCUACUCGCAAGAAUUCCAAGAAUGAUUCUUCUGUGGCAGACCUAGCACCAAAAGGGAAGAAUGAUGAAGUCACUCUAGAACAGUCAUUUGACCCCAAGGAAACAGAGAUGAACAAGGGCAAAGAGAAAUGUUGUGGGGUGGAGACUAGUCCACUACCCCAUUCUGAGCAAAUUACCAUUGUUCCAGCACCCCAGCUGCAGGAACUUCACCACUUGCCAGCUCCUCAGGAGUGCCCAAGGUUAGAUAUUAGAACAAAGCAGGAUGUAGUCCUGAAGGAGCAGAAGACUGUGGUUUCAUGCCAGGAAUCUGAGACACAGGCUUUCCCUCUUUCCCUUCCCAAGAAGAUAGAAAUUAUUGAGUUUACCCACACAGUUAUAUCGCCCGAUCACACUGGACCAGGGGGUGAAAUCGCCACCAGUGAAAAGACUGAGGAGCAAGCACUGAGGAAAGUAAAAGUGGAGAAGACCAUCACUGUCCUCUGCGCACUGGAUGAGAAUCUGAACAGGACUCUGGGCCCUGAGCAGGUUUCUCUGUACCCCCAAGUCCUUCCUCUGCUUCAUUCAUCCUCUCCUGAGCACAGCAGGCCCACCAACCUGACCUCCGCCGCGGGCUUUCCUGGAGACUGCAGCAACAGACCUUCUGUGGCCCGGGAGGCAGUGGCACCUUUUGUCAGUCACACAUCCCAUGUGCCAUCUGCCAACUUGGAUUACCUGAAUCCCCAGACUGUUGUUCACCUGGAAGGCUGCACAGAGCAAAGCAGCACCACAGAAAAUGAGCCCUCUGCAGAGCGGGGUAGCUGGGAAGAAAGUCAGGAGGGCACCCUCUCCAGUGGCAAAGAAAUGCCAUUCAAGGGCUCUGAGUUAACUAGUGAAGACCUAGGUUUGAUCAGCAAACUUGGUGACAACUCUGGGGACUUAGAAGUAAAGUCAGACCCAUCCUCCGUAACCUGUCGACUCCCACAUAGCUCUAGUAGUGACAAUAUAAAGGGACUCAGCCACAGCCCAGGUGUGGUGAAGGAGCGUGCUAAAGAAAUUGAGUCACGAGUGAUUUGCCAGGCAGUGCCCACCAAACCAUCCCAAAUGAGGCGUUCCGCUUCCCUUGCCAAGUUAGGUUACUUGGACCUCUGUAAAGACUAUUUACCAGAGAGGGAGCCUGUCUCCUCUGAGUCCCCUCAUCUCAAACUGCUUCAGCCUUUCAUCAGAACGGACUCAGGCAUGCACUCCAUGGAGGUUCAGGGGCCCCCAGAAAACCCAAAUGUCCCCCAGAACCCAGAGCCUACCAAGUAUUUUGUAGAGCAACUCAAAACAACAGAGUGUAUCGUGCAGAGCAAGCCAGUGAAGAGACCCCUUGUACAGUAUGCCAAAGAAUUUGGUUACAGUCAACAGUGUUUGCUCCCCAGGGCAGGACCUGAAUUGACUAGUUCUGAGGGAGGCCUUCCUUUGCUACAGACCCAGGUACUGCAUUGUGCAGGCCCAGCUCCAGAGCUGGCGGUGGCGCCCCGUCAACAGCAUGGCAGAACUCACCCGCUUCGGAGACUGAAAAAGGCAAAUGACAAAAAACGGACAACCAACCCCUUCUAUAAUACCAUGUGAUCUGAGCCUACACAUGUGACUUUCUAAAAGAAAUGUUUGUAAAAGGGGCAGGUGUAAUAUGUAAGGAACAUGCACUUUAUUGGUUAAUUUUAUAAUAUUUUGGUCAUUUUACUGUUCUUGGCGCAUGCAGGGUUUGGGUUUUUUCGUGUGUGUGUGUGUGUGUGUGUGUGUGUGUGAGAGAGAGAGAGAGAGAGAGAGAGAGAGAGAGAGAGAGAGAGAGAGAUUCGGAUAGCAAGACCAUUUUCUCAUUUGUUAUUUUUUAAAAAUUCAAACCUCAAAAAAUCACUCAUUUUCAAGGAACACCUUUUAUCAAAGGCAAAUUGCUGUUUUUCAGUCAACUGCCACCUGCUUCCUCAUUUUGCCCUCUGAGAAAAGGAAGGGCUGAGGAAGGAAGCACGUGCGCAGGGUGGCCAUGAAGCUAGAAAUUGGCAAUGCCCUCUCGGGACAGUGUGAUGAUGGUUGGGUUUCCAGACCUGAUGCAUUGGAUGGUCCAGAGGGCAGCAGCACCUCAGAGCACACUCAGCCUUCUGCCCCCAGUCCCAGCCCGCUGGAAUUCCAGAAGUGGGCAGGUUCUGCUUUGCUUUAAAAGAGGUUCUUCUAGAAUUCAUUUCUUACAGCAUUCCAGAGUGUAUCAUUACAGAAAGACAUGCUUAUGGGUGGGCUUUAUAAACCUCCCAAGCAAAAAAUAGUUUUUCCCCAAGCAGAUAAUUUUUUAUUGAGUUGAAAAUGAACCCCAAAUGAAAUUUGAGAGGUCCUCUGGAAAGGAUGAAAGCAUAAUAGGAGGAAGUGAAUGCAUAGAUAGAGGCCACUGUCUGUUAUCUUCCUGGUCUGUGGACGCCACCUCGGUGAUGGUCCCAGCUCUUCCUGACUGGAAAUGUGCUCUGUGGUCCUCCCACCUAAAAUGCAACAGGCACAAUUGAAAAACAGCAAUUGAAAGUCAAUGUGUUCUUGUAAAAUGGAUACAUAUGUAGGGUCUUACUCUCCCAUUACUUGAAUAAUUCUUUGGGCCUUCUGAGUUUAAUGGGCAUGUUUUUUUUUCCAUUUUAUUUUCCGCCCUCUGUGCCAUUUUUCCCUAGUGCUGCCUGUUUGGUUUAACGUCAUAGAUAUUUGAAUUGUUACUUUACAUAUGUAUAACCUCCAUUGAAUGCAAAGUCUUCUUUUCAAUAUUAUCACUGUUAACACUUGACAUAGUUUAUUUUCCUUUCUUUUCCUGAAAGAUGUAUCAUUUUUCCAGUUUAUACACAGUAUUUAUGUACAUAAUGUCACUUUCUUACAAUGUUUUGAUGUUGUAGGGUCUUUUGAUAUAUCUUCUUUCAGAAGUGUAAAGCUGCAACUGGAAAACACACAGAUACCGCAGAAAUAACCCUGGUGGGUGUUGGUAGGAAUCUGCAAAGUGUAUUGAUGGGUGGUUUUAAUUGUUUAAAUGGAGACUUCUGAUCCUUAGCUCCUGCCAAAUUCUGUGCAAAUAACUUCCUCCUCAGAGAAAUUCCUAAAAGCUCCCAUUAGAUCAUUUUGACUAAAGACUGAUUUCUCUUUGAGAAUAAAUUCCAGAAAGUUGUUUGCCAGUAGCUGAACCACGGCCAGGGAGAGAACGCCUAAUGGAGGCUGCGGGGAGGCCUCAGCCAAGGACAGGUACCCUCGAUGACUCCACUUAGGAUACUGUUGCUUUGCUGCUAUUGUGGAGAUCCUUAAGACAGGACCCCUGCCAUAAAUAAGCCUGUUUUAGCUCCUUACAGAAAACGUAUUUAGUCUGGAAUAAAACACCCUCUUCAGCUCAUCAAAUCUGAAGAGGUUUGCAAAUUUGCUUCCUGCUUGCAUUAGUUGAUGUCCACAUUGCUGAGGGACUGACCAAGUACGGACUGAAGAUUUAGGUUUUUGGUUCAUCCCAGCACUGACAAAUGCAUAGACUGUCAAGGUGAUGUCAGAGACCAGAGUUUGGUGGGGGCAGGCGGUAGGGUAACCCAAAGAAGAGGGAAAAUACGGACUGAGGCCACUCAUAGGCACAUGUGGAAGCCAAGGUUGCAUCUGACAUCACUGCCAGGAGGCACGUUAGACAGAAACCUGCUAGAAGUGUCUUUUGGUCUAGGAUAAGUAUUUGUAUCUGUGCUGUUCCUAAAUAGUUUCCAUAAAUGUUCAGAGAUGUAACAUCCACACAGCUUUGUGAUUCCUGGUUACUGAAUGUAUUGUACAGUGUUUUGUUAGGUGGUACGUACCCGUGUGAGGAGCCUUGCUAGACAGGGUUAUGAAUUUCCAGCGCUCAUCCAUGUCAGCUGCCCUGUGUUGUUGAAGCAAGACAACAGGAGGCAAUGUGAUGGGGAAGGGGCAGGAAAUCAAGACAGGUGGAGAGAGGAAGAGUUGCGUGGAGGUUAAGAAAGUGGUAUCCACUCAUAGCAACCCCUUGAGAUGGUGGCAUCCCUCCCGUUAAGUGUAAGGAGCAUCGGCAGUAUUUCACUGUUCUCUCUUCCUUGCCACUGUGUUUAAUGUUCAUCUUUAAAGCAUUAAAUAAAAGGAUGGAGAGGAAACCCUCUAAUGCUGUGAAGAAAAGCAAGCUUCUUUUUUUAAAGUGAGGAAAUAGUCUUGCUCUGCCUUUCCUUUUUUUAAUUACAUUUUUUUUUAUCAUUUAAUUUACCUGCCUAAUUAUCCUCUAUGGAGUAUCUGUGAUUCAGCGAUGUGAUGGGGUUUUGCCAGCCUUCCCAAACUCCCACAACUGGGUAUACUUGUAUUAUUUACAGAGCCGAGCAUGGUUCAGGAGAAGUGCACAGUAAGCAACAGAGGACUUUUCAGACUUUUCUUCUUCUCUUCAAAUUUUUGAUAAUCUCAGUGGCUUAUUUCUCUUUUCUGUUUGCGGAAAACCCAGUCUGGGAACAGCGAUGUGGUAGAUUGACGGAGAUAAUUAAGAAAAGCCUGGAUCUCUUGCUCAGUGCUGCUGUCAUUCUUUUGAAAACCACCAUCAUGGUUUAAUUCUCGGUUACUCUGGAGGAGAAAGAGUGUGUGUGUAAAAGAGUAACAUUUUGGUGUGUGGGUAAAAGGCCCAGGAGCACACAGGUUCUGAGCUGUAAUCUGGAUGGUUACCUGUUCAGCAGGAAGGAGACAAAACCCAACCUCUUCUUGAUUUUAGAAACAUUUAGGGGUGGUGUAUACUAUAGUCGACUUGUAGUACUGUAGUAAAGUAACAGUCAUCUCUCGUCACUUCAGUUGCCUCUCAGGUUCUGAAUGUUUAGCAUCACUCCUAGUAUUCCAGCCUCUUCUUCAGGCUCUUUAGUAUUUUCCUGCUUCUGUACCUUUACCCCAAUUGGUAUUUCCUCUUCCUCACUUUGGGAACUACCAAGGAUGAGCCUGAGCAUAGACAGCCCAGGCACUGAGGUCCCCUCCUGCUGAAGGGCCCAGGCAGACACCAUUGGGUAGACCUGAGGCUUCUGAGACGGAGCAGCUGACAGGAAUCUUCCCCUGUUCCCUGUGAGGAUUUCAGUUCUGAAGUGAUCUACGCAUGCUUGGUAAAAAUGUUUUUGUGAGAGUUGUUUCUUUUUCUUCUUUUCAAGAAAGCAAGCAUUAUGCAAAAAGGGUCACUUUUAAGGGCAUUUAAAAUUUUUUAAAUAAAGCCAUUCUUUGGCUUUUUUGGACAACUCUUUGUGGAUACUUUGUUUACAUUGUGAGUAUUAAAACGUGCAUCAUCUUGACAGCCACUCGAUCUCUUCCUGCUCCAUCACCUGGCCCUGGCGUCCUGUGAGUCCCUACACAGAGCAAGGCCAGAUGGUCAGUCCUCACAGGUAAAUGGGUAAAACCUGGAGCUGACCUCCACCUGUGCCCUGCGCUCCCAGCCAGCACUCUGUAUGGAAAUAGUCGUCAUUUCCUCAGUGAUGGUGUGUCUUAUAAUGAUGGCUUAUGGUGAAUGACUAGUGUCAUUUUUGUUAAAUUUUGUUUUGCUUUUUGAUGGUAGUUGAGAUGAAAUGUUAGCCCUUUUAGCACCAAUCUAACUUAAAAGCAUCUUGGGCUUUGUUUUCCCUUUCAAACUAAAAAAUCAGGCAUGUCUUAGGCAUAAAUGUAUUUGCUGCCUCAACUCAUUGAAUGCCCACACUAGGAAAAAGCCUGCCACCACAGCAGGAAGCUGCACACUCCUAACCCUUCCCCCAGGGCGCGUGGUCCCUUGAUGCCAUGGAGAGCGAUUGUGAGGUGCUUCUGUAUUUUUCUAGCCUGAAGGUGGAAGGUCACUGGAAGGUGAACCAGCCUCAUUUUCUCAGUACCCCAGAGAUCUAGGACAGGAUUUCUAAACUGGAAUCAUCCCUCAUCAGCCUGAAGAUUCCCCCAAGGGGCAUAUGACUCGUGCUGCCAUCUGUGCCCUCACAGUGACACUAAUGGCAGCAUCCUGUGUGCACAUGCAGAGCUGAUGUCCAGGGUUCAACUCAAGCUGAUUACUCAUGUGAAACCUGGGGAACCAGCUCUGAAAUGUUUCCAAAUCAAUAAGCCCGCAGAGAAUUGUUUGGAUUUUGGUUUGUUUCAUUGGAUUUUGGUUUGCUUGGCAUAGCUUAAGGUGCCUUUUUUUUUUUUUUCUUUCUACUUUACUUUGUAGGACUUGUUCUAAAUGUGGAAGGCAAGUCCAAAAGACUUUCCCACUGACUGUUACCUUUGCCCCAGGCCACCCCUAACUUUUACGCUCAUAUUUUAUUAAAGCAGGUGCUCCCUGAAAUCUCUGGGACCUUUUUGAGGCAUUUGAAACAGAAUAUAAAGAGUGGUCUCAUCUCCUUCCUUAAUCUUCCCGGUGGUUGGGAUGUUCCACUUGUAUCAUAGGUUUUUUUUUAUUACUGAUGUGCUCAGCUGUUUUUAAAUGUGAACUUGUGCGCAAAUGUGCAGAUUCAAUGUUCUUGUUACAGACUGAAUAAAUUUUUAUUUUGAA